GCAAACCUUCGUCAGAUGAAAGGACAGAAAGAGUCAUCAAUGUCGUUCUUGAAACUGUCAAAGAACUGAUGAAGUGUGUCUGUGUUUGUGUGUGUGAGGCUCUGUUGUAUGUGGGACAGUCUCUGUCGUUGUUGAAGAGGUGCCUCCAGUGCUGGGCAUGGCUGGUGUACAGGAAGUGCAGCAAGAAGACAGUGGCAGAGGGUGUGGGCUACCUAAUGUCUCUGUUGUUCUCUAACAGAAAGAGGCCUGGUCUGAGUGAGGUGACAAUGAUAGUGUUUGUGAAUCAGAUGCUGCUCAUGAUGGCUGGAGAUGUGGAACGAAACCCUGGCCCUGACACUCUAGCUCCAGAGGACCUUGCAACUCUUGUGAACGAACUGUAUGAAGUGAGGGCCAAGUGGUAUGAUCUCGGAGUUCAACUGAGAAUGACAACACCUGAUCUUGAUGCUAUCCAGACUCAGUACCAGAACAAUCCCGACAACCCCGGUGCUUGCUUACGACAAAUGUUAUCAGACUGGCUCACCAAAGAAGUUCCCUCUCCUCCCACCUGGCAGACAGUGGUGGAUGCUCUGAAAUCUCCAUACAUUUCAAGACCUCAUGUGGCUCAGGAUAUUUACACGAAAUACUGCAGUCAGGAUAUCGGUAUAUAUGCAUUGAUCACCUACCUUUGUCACUGAUGAAAAUACAAUUAAAAACAGAAAUUAAACAGCUUCAAGAACUAUUUAUUGAAUUGAAAGAUGAUGUAUUUGAGUCAGUAAAGAACAAGCCAGUGGACACAUUCAAAGUUAGGCUAAUUUCCAUGGACGUUGACGGCGUAGAAUAUCAUGUCCCAUUCCUCAAAGAAAUCGCUCACAAGCAUGAAUCAGUUGUCAACAUAUGGAUGGACCUCAGCCCUUACUUAAACUUUUUGAACUACGAAAUUCUGCAGCAUAUUCUUCAGAAAUUCAAAGAUCCUGCACUUCAAAUAAGAAUGGACACGUACAUCGAAAAGAUCAAGAAGUUUUUUAAGACCACACGUCUCCGUGACUUCCUCAAGUGCUGGCCGGUGCGGGGGAAAACUCCUCCUGCAGGUGACCUGCGCAAGUUUCUCACUACAAAGACCACCAAAGACUGGAACACUUGUACACUUGAAGACCUGGACAACGUGAGACAGAAUCUCGCUAAGAGGCUCCUCCUUCCCUCAUUUGCCCUGGACCCAGCAGAUGCCAGUGAAGGCUGUGUGACCAUGACAUACUACAUCCCUGCCUCUAUUGUUCCUCAACUGCAGACUGAUAUAAAGAACACACUACUGAAGGAUUUUGCAGAUAUGGAGAUAGAGACCAUUACAGUGGAUGGUGUUGUCUGCUAUGAGGCUCCACUACUGCAGUACACAUCUCUCUUGAAGCAGAUGUACACAUCCUGGAGCCCCCUCCAGCCUCUCUCUGACUCCAAACCCAAACCCCUGCUCCCAUUCCGUCUGGCCAGGAUUGAGAAACAGAGCCUCUCCCCAUCAGACAUGGACAGGUUCACUAGAGAGAGCCUGCGAGGAGACAUGGACGACGUGGUCUACAAGAAGACGGCCAUGGAGUUGAGUCAGCUGGGAGACGGCUCUCGGCCACAGGUGGUCCUGAUAGAAGGGGCUCCGGGAGUCGGCAAGACCACGUUUGCCUGGCACCAGUGUCGGCAGUGGGCAGAGGGCAAGCUGCUUCAGGCCUACUCCAUUGUGCUACUGCUGCCCCUCAGAGACGGCAACAUCAGACAAAUCAGCUCCCUCCCCGGCCUCUUCCGACACAGCAGAGGACAAGUGAGAGAGGAAGUGAGCAGAAGAGUUGCAGAGAGUGGUGGUGCAGGAUGUCUGAUUUGGCUGGAGGCCUGGGACGAGUUGCCUGGUGAUCUAAGGUCAAACUCUCUCUUUAUUGAACUGAUCCGAGGCAUCCAGCUACCUGCUGCCACCAUCUUCAUCACAAGCCGACCCUGGGCCACUGGAGGUCUGCUGGGGAGAGUGAGGGACAGACUAUCACAGCACACGGAGCUACUGACACUGACAAAGGAGGAAGUUGAGAAUAUAAUCAUACCAAUGAUUGUUGCCAUCCAAUCUCAGACAAGUUUUGAUUCCGGAUUCGACUUUUCAGAGUUCAUUGAGUCCAAUCCCAUGAUACGUGCAGCCAUGUACACCCCAGUCAGUGCUGCCAUUGUAGAACAAGUGUUCAAGUCUGCCCCACACAAUCCUCCGACCACCGUCACUGGACUCUACUCUGCCUUCGUCCUCAUGAGACUGGAACAACACCUCUCAGACCACCUGGAGUACUGCCACAUGAACAUCAAAGUGAAGACACUGGCCGAUCUACCAGAGAGAGUGCUUGGGGACUUACAGCGACUGUGUGGCCUGGCUUACGAAGCAAUGUCCCAGCAGAUGAUAGUAUUCUCCAGUCUUCCUGAAGGAGUGUCCACCCUGGGUCUCCUGCAGACUGUCCCUCAGGUUUACGACGAGGGAGAAGACAGAGUCUCCUACAAUUUCCUGCACUACACAGUCCAGGAGUACCUUGCAGCUCUUCACCUCUCACAUCUACAGCCUCAGCAACUGAUGACUAUCAUUGACACAAACACAAUAUAA